AUGGAGGUGAUUGUCCUUGCCACGUCGCUGCUGCUUUUCCGACUCGGUGUCGUAAGCUCUACGUCUGAGCCCUGGUCCGUGUGCCCCAGGGGAUGUAAUUGCAGAGAAGGCCUCAAGUACGUGAACUGCACAGCCGCCUCCCUCCGCCAGAUCCCCGCCAGUCUACCGCCAGACACCGAGCAUCUGGACCUCUCCAAGAAUAAUCUGACCGUUCUCCCCGCCAAAGCCUUCCACACCCUCUGGAGAAUGAACAUUCUCCUCAUUAGUUCCUGCAACGUGAGGUUCGUGGAAGACGGAGCCUUCACUGUACUCGAGAACCUCUGGAGACUGGAUCUCCAGAGGAAUGACAUCAGGCAGCUGGGCAACAGUUUUUCCGCUGGCCUCUCCUUCCUCAGUGAGCUCAUACUAUCUGACAACAACUUGGAGAGGCUUAAUUCACAAAUGUUCCAGUACCUGGACAAUGUGAAGAAACUCUACCUUAAUAAUAACCGGAUCUAUCAGAUCAUGAACGGGGCUUUCAGAAGUAUGACCAGACUCCGGCACCUGCACCUUCAGAAUAACAGACUUGAUUUCUUACACAAUGGAGUGUUCUUCAUGCUUCAGAGUCUGGAGGUGCUCAACCUUCAGGGUAAUCGAAUCAAAGAUGUUGACACCGGCGUCUUCACGUCAUUGACAAGUUUGACUGUCCUAAAUCUUUAGAAUGGCCUGGAACGAAUUAAAUUCAAGACGUUUUUGGGCAUUCAGACUUGGGGCACUCACAUCUUGCUGUCUGAGAAUAACUGGACCUGUGACUGUGAGCUUCAGAGGGUUUUCGGGAAGUUGCACAGUGUCCAGCGCCUGAUAGUCGAUGACUACGACGACGUGAUCUGCUUGGAGCCACCCGCACUAAGGGAUUUGCCUUUGGCGUCUGUUGACACUCAGCUCUGCAUAGCAGAGACUGUCACCGUCCUGAUCAUCACUUUCACAGUCUUCAUUACUGUGGUAGCUGCCAUUGUAAUGGCGGAGAGGAACAGGAAGAAACGAACUGGAAAACAUUGGAGCGAGGAGAGCGAAGACUUAGAUUCACAAGAUUAA